AUUGCCAGAUGCAGUCAGUAGCAGAGGGAAGAGUCGGACUGCACGCUGCACUGGUAUCGCAGUAUGCAAACCUCAACUUGACAAAAUGGUUGCAAUGUGAUGACUAAAAUCGGAUACAGCAAACAAGAAAAGGCUACAAAAGUUGAGCGCCGUGUGAUAUCGUCGAAGCAGGGAAUAAUUUAUAAUUCCAACGCAGCGAGUGAAAUCAGACUGUCGGAGCCGCGCUGGGUUACUCAAGAGUGCAAAGCGGGACAGAAAAAAGUUUACGAUUCUUUUUGCAGUGCCAGUUCUGUGGAAGUUCGCUGAUGAAUAUACUUCACCUGUACUUUUGACAACAGUGGACAACUCAAACUGUACUUUGCAUUGCGCUGUAAGUAAGUAUUUCUGCAAUUAUCGAUAAAGUGAACCACUUGAUUAAAAAAAGUUCGAUGUUAACUGGAGGUCGGCGAAAGCUUGCGACCACGACUCCAAUCGCUCUCUUUACUGUCUCCUCUCGCAGCAGAAUUGUCCAGUUCUCAAUCCGCGACUCUCCUAUUCCCGGGAAUAAUUUGUUUUUGUACUCUUGUCCGGGGCAGCAGAGAGGGAUCGACACACUUGUUGGGGACGGCAAAUCGUGUUGAUUGUGCGUGACGACUUGCGGCCGCUUCAAAAAUCGUUUCGAGCAUAAACAGCAAAAAGCGAGCUGCGGGAUCUGCCGUGAGAGAAUGUUUCUGGAGAUCCACACGGCGUUUCAUCUAGUCAAUGGGAACAGAGCUUGGAUUCCAGAAUCGAGCCCAUAAAAUAAUACGUUUGUCAUAUCGCAUCUGCUGGAAUUGCAAGUGGGGGAUCAUAGUGCAAUUGAAAAUUAGAAGCUACCUAUCACUGAGUUCAGUGUAUCUUAAGUGUUGCCACUGCUUGCAUUCGGGAAAAACCAGACACUGAUAUACACGAUUAUAGUGCAAAAUAUUUUAUCACGGAUGCAUGACAAAUUAAGGCGUAGUUAAUAUAUGGGAUUCUACGGUAUUAAUUUUUUUCUGACCUGAAAUGAAAGGAUUUAGCCCGUGAUUUAUUAUAUGGCCAUGCGUGGUAAAAAGUAAUGCCGGCAACUCCCAGCCGUUGCAAUAAAACUGUGCACGUCGACUCAUCUUUUCGAGAGCAACGAUAAACUUAUGAAUGUAAUUUGCAAGUGAAGAAGGAAAAUGAAACAAUUAAGGGGAUAUUGAGCAAACCCCCACUCUCAGUUUUCAUUCUUGUAAAUGCAUUGUGGAAGUCAAUAAUCAAGGUUUGUGCUUUAGGCAACCCACCCCCCCCACUCCCCAAACGCCUGCCGGCAAGACAAGAACUAAAGUCAAGAUUGUAAGAAAUAAUUUUGCACACUCUUGCAGCGACUCUCACUCCCACCUACACAAUCGUAAGGAAACGCGAAUGGAGACCCAGAGCCUUUAUGGGAAUUACAGCGCGCGGUCCGGACUCGAAGCAGGCGGAGGCGGCGUGCAGCGCCAGGGGGCGGCGUUCGAAAGCGUCUUCCACGCGGCGUGCGCGCGCGACCGCAGCCUGCAGCGCGUCUCCGAGCCGUCGGCGGGGGCGAGCGGGCCAGGUGCCCCUGAGCUGGCCGUGGCCACGCCUCGGGGACGCGCGGAAUGCGAGGGCUUCGGCGCUUUUUACGAGGCCGCGUGCCGCCAGAGCGCCGCCAUCUUGGGCCAGCAGCCAGACGAGGUGGCGGUUGGCGGCGGCCGAGGAGGUUACGGGCACUCGCCGUACAUCGUGCGGACUCUCUUCAGCACCUCGGUCGAUGUGUGCCCCGAGCGAGAGAAAGGCGACGGCUGCCGCUGCGAUGGCCAUGACUUCGAAGACCGCGAGCUGGCCGGGGACUACACCCCAGAGACGGAGUUCAUCGGCAGUUGCUCUUACUCCCUUACCAACGACACAGCCCGGGAGCUUUGUAAGGCUGUCUCGGUUUCCAUGGGCCUCCACAUUGACAGCAAUGAGCUGGGUGAACUACAUUCUCCCUUUGGCCCUAACAGUAGCCAGAGUAAGAGAGACUGCAUGUUCUCUUUCCCUUCCAAUAACAGCAACACAGCGAUCACCAUAGAUACUGCAAUGGCAGUUCCCAGUGACGACCCGUGCCCUGGCUCUCAAAAUAUGAGGUUAGCCAGCAGACUGGAAGCUGGCAACGAGCUCGAUCGAGGGCAACGUAGGGAGUCGGAAAACAGUGAGUAUUCCACGGAGUACGACGUAUCCCAUUCAAGGAGAGAGUCCAUUUGUAGAGGGUUAGUUGAAGACUCCACUGGUAAUGAAUGCGUCACUGGGGCUGAAGAAGCAAAAUGCAUUGGUGAAGAAAGUCAGACAGCUGAUUAUGCUGACAAGGAUCAUAAGCAGUGCCACUUUAACAGAGCAUUACCGAGUGACUGUGAACGUGACCAACCUGACGAAAACACCUUGUACAACCUGUCAGACAGGGUUGGCUUGAGAACUACUGAUAACUGUGACCUUAAUAAUGGCAAUCCAUGCCAUACUCAGUUUGGUGCAGCUACAAACAUUAAAAUUAAAAUAGAAGAGCCCCACACCAUGGACAACCACAAAGCAUUUUCUCCUCAGUACAGAUAUGUUGAUUGCACAAUGACACCACUUUAUGGGUCCACGCCGUCUUGGCGUUAUGUUGAAAAGGGGACUUUCGUGAAUAACUUUGGUGGUUCUCCUGAAUAUCCAAGUAAUGAUUUAGCAGUUCAGGAUAAUAUUAUCACAUCUGACUCAUGGUACUCAAGUGGACAGCUAGAUAGAGGGCCACAUCCAGCCUCAGGCCAUGUUAAAAAUGAAAUGGACAGCUGGAUCGAUGGAUACUACAACAUACGGUUCCUGAAAAUCUGCAGGGUAGAGGAAGGAGGAUGGGUGGAAGAAGUUUCUCCUGGUUACCUGCCAUACUAUUCAUUGGAUAAUGGCAAGACCUUUGGAGAAACAGCAUCAUCAGCCAAAAAAAGAUCGGAGAAUACAAGGAAUCUUGGUCUCCAAAUGGACUACUUUUUCCAACCACAGAAAACCUGUCUCAUUUGUGGGGAUGAGGCAUCAGGAUGUCAUUAUGGAGCACUCACUUGUGGCAGUUGCAAGGUGUUCUUCAAGAGAGCAGCUGAAGGAAAACACAAGUUUCUGUGCGCUAGCAGAAACGAUUGCACUAUUGAUAAAGUACGCAGAAAAAACUGUCCAUCCUGCCGUUUGAGAAAAUGCUUUGCAGCUGGAAUGACACUUGGAGGUCGAAAAUUAAAGAAUACACGACCAUUCCAAAGUGCAGAGGAUACUGACUCUUCAGUUGUCCAAAAGCAACAGAACGCCACUAUCUCCAUUGUCCCAAGGAUUGGUGUACCAAGGAUGCAGAAAUUUCAGUGUCAACCUCUGUUUCUUGCUGUGCUACAGUCCAUUGAGCCUGAUAUGGUAUAUGCAGGCUAUGACAAUACACAGCCUGAUACAUCUGCCAGUUUGUUAACAAGUCUCAAUGAACUGGGGGAAAGACAACUUGUGCGCGUUGUCAAGUGGGCAAAGGUUUUACCAGGUUUUCGCAACUUACAUGUGGAUGACCAAAUGAGUCUCAUACAGUAUUCGUGGAUGGCAGUUAUGGUCUUCGCAAUGGGAUGGAGGUCUUAUAGAAUUGUGAAUUCCAGAAUGCUCUACUUUGCACCAGACUUGGUAUUUAAUGAGCAACGGAUGCAAAAAUCAACUAUGUAUGAUCUCUGUUUGGAAAUGCAGCGACUGUCCCAGGAGUUUCAGUGGCUUCAGAUCUCUCAGGAUGAGUUCCUUUGCAUGAAAGUAUUGCUACUGUUUAGCAUUAUACCAGUUGAAGGUCUGAAAAACCAGAAAUACUUUGAUGAGCUACGUUUGAACUACAUUCAGGAACUAGACAGAGUAAUUUCCUUUCAAGGAAAAGAUACCACAAAUAAUCCACAGCGUUUUUAUCAACUAACCAAGCUCUUGGACUCACUGCAGAUAACAGUGAGGAAACUCCACCAGUUUACAUUCGAUCUGUUCGUUCAGUCUCAGUCUCUGAGCGUCCAGUUCCCUGAAAUGAUGGCAGAGAUAAUCUCUGCCCAGGUACCAAAGAUCCUAGCUGGUAUGGCUAAACCGCUUCUUUUUAAUGAACAGUGACGUUCAUUGCUUGCAUAUGUUAUACUGCCUGUAACUGUACUACCUAGUGUUAAUCUUGUUUUCAAAUGCAUCAGUUCAGUCAGAUGCUAUAUGUGUUCUGAUAAAGAAAUGAAAAAAAAAUUUGUACAGAAUCUACCUUUAUUUCCAGUGGUCAGUUGACCACCCAGUUACAGAGUUGGUCAUGUUAUACAGCCAAUCUGAGGUAGGCAGGUUACAAUCUUAUUGACUGGUUAUUAUGUUGGACCACACAAAUUACUGGUUGAUCCCUUGGUUACAUUUAGUAAGAAUCAGCUGCAUUCACCUCUUUAUUGGUCCUUCAGAGUAGUUCCAUUUACUGAUUUUUACUUAAAGCUACCUACUUAUUUUUAUUAUUUUGAAACUACCUAGUUACCUGUUUUCAUUUUACAUCCUUAAAACAUAUCAGAUAUCAAUUUUGCCUCAUGUUAAAUAUUGCCGCACAUCAUGUUUCAUUGCAUUUAUACAAAAAAUGUUAAGAAGCAAAAUUUGAUCUAAAUUGCGUUUUCUUUUAAAAUUUGCACUAAAAUAUUUCCUUUCCUGAAUGCCAGAAAAGCAGUAUGUGUAAUGGUAGAAUUGUAGAAGGGUUCCCGAAUUAUUAAAUGAAUUUUUCUUGUUUGCCAGAAUUCAUUCUAAUGUUUAAAACAUCCAUUCAAAAGCCUAAAAUCAGUUUGGAUCCAAAUAUUUCAUAUUUCAUUUUUAAAGAAUGCUCAAGUACUGUGCUGUUUUGUGCAAGAUUUGGUAUCUGGUGUUUGUGCUUAGUUGAUGAAUUCAACUUUUGUCUUAUCAAUGUAACAAACAUCAGAAUCCCACAUUUUAUAUCUACCAAAGCUUUUUUAAACAAUUAAACGAGGUUUCUGUUAUACACUUUUAUUUAAAUUGUCCAUGCAGUGUAGCACAAUGCCAACUGCAUAUUUGAUUAUUUAGGCUGAAUUUGUGCGUGCCAGAAUUUAUUUUAUUCUGAAAACACAGAGAAAAAAACGUUAGCAUGAAACAUUUGGCCUUUAAAUAAUGCAAGUAGACUCAACCUGGCAGUGGAAGGCACACACUAUUUAAUUCCUUUUCUAACUUAAAAAUUGUAAGCAUUUUUGUUGGUACGUUAUUUUCCUGGCAACCUUAGUAUUUUAAUUAGUUUUUUCAAAAUCGCUAUUUUGUUAAACUUGCACAAAGGCAUUACAAAACCACUUCCAAACACAGUAUAACUGUAUUUAUCUGCAUGAUACCAUUUUAUUUGCACCAUUUUGGCUUACUGAAAACCAUUUAAGUUAUUGUUGUUUUUCUGAAAAAAUGAUGCAUGAAUAUGGGCCAUUUGGUCAAAGUAUCUGGCAUUCAAAGAAAAAGACAUUAAUGCCAGUGAAAAUUUUCAAAAAUAAUUGCAACAGUCCUUUUAUUUUCAGAUAUGAGCAUGUUAAUAAUCAUUUAGUGUCUGCAAUAAAAGAAAAUGGUGUAAAUUUCUAAAUUUCAGUGUAGAGUAAAUACACAGACAAUGCAUUUUUCCAUUUGCAGUACUUUCAGAAAUAAAUGUCUCAUGUAAAAAUGUUACUGUAGGGCUAUAAAAUUUAAGCAUUUUUUUCUUCAUCUGUGCACAACACCAGUAUACUGCAUACCUUGUUUGGACUUCUUUCUGAAUUAAAAUUUCUUAUUUUCAGUGCAGCCAAAAGGCAGGCGAAAACUAGGUGUACAAUUCUAUAAGCAAAUUCUUUAACAAAAAUUUGUAUUUUUGGAGGGGUGUGUGGGGAAGAAAGAAGAAUGCACUUGUUAAUAUUUUUAAGCAAAUUAAAAGGACUUUUAUUUUAAAAUGACUUAGUUGUUGCUUUUCUUUUGGUAUGCAGGAAUGAGGAUGCCUGUCUUCAGAGUAGGCUAUAUUUUUGUUGUUGUGUUUGAUUGCAUAUAUUUUAUAAAUGUCUUGACUUAGUUCCUUGGUCACUAAAUCUGUGACUCCCAGUCACAUGGAAGACUAUAGGCAGUAGGAGCAUACAAAUCCUGAACCUUCUUUCUUGUUUCUUUCCCAAAAAAACUGAUUAGAGAUUUUGUUGCCUCAGGAAAUAAAUGGAAACUUUGAGAGCUAUGGAAUGGACCAGUGUAUUUUGUCCAAUAUUUACAAAUAAAUGCCUAAUGUUUACUCAACUUAUAUUACCAUAUCUAAAUUAUUUGACUCAUGACACUAGUAUUGUUCCAAACUAAGCUAUUAUUAUACAGCAGUUUAUGCUGAGUAUUGGCACAAAUGAAAUAUAAUAAAGCAUUGUUUAAAUUUGAAACAACUUUUUCUCCAUUGGCCUUUUCAGGCCAUGAAAGUGAUUUGCAAAAUUUGUUUAAAAAUUUUUAAUUCUUCAAAGUCUUUCAAAAUACACAAGAUUAGAAGGUGCUAACAUUUCAAAAGUGAAGAUCAGUUAAUAUAAACAGGUUAUAGUUUGCAAAUGCACUCAUCUUUAUUAACCAUGAUGAAAUGUGAGUAGAGUUUUACUUAUCAUGUGUACAAUGGAUGUCUUGUAAUGAAAACACCACUUUUAUUCAGUCAUUCCUAUUGAGCGGAUAGUAUAUAAUGUAUAGAAAUUAAAUAGACGUCUACCACAGUGUUCCUCUCAGACAGCUAUCAUUGUUAGGAAUUUCCAAUUAACAUGUAUACAGUUGUACUUCAAUUUUUGCAUUUACAGAUUUUUUCAAAGACUGACUGUAAUGUCCUACAAAUAAUUAUCACAUAUCCAUAGAUACCAUUGCAAGUGCCUCUACAAAUUUGUAAAAAAAUUACUACACAGAGGAAAAUGUAUCUUCAUAUGUUAGAAUGCAGUCAGGCAUUGAUGAACAUGAUUCUUAGAUUACUUUUAACUGGAAUAUUGUCACUGGGAGCCAGUAUUUCCGGUAAGGUAUAGUGAUUUCUUCUCCCCCAUGUUUUAAACUUUUAUUUCAUAUUUCACAUUACCAGUCACUGAACAUAAAAACCCUCAGAUGUUCAAUUCAGGACACAACUUUAAUUCCAUUGUAAUUAUAAGUAUAACGGUAUCAAUGUGUAAGUCCUUCUGUAAUCCUCGUUACUUUAUAAAGAACAAGUUACACUGCAUUGUGUGAACAGAGUAUGUUACUUGCAUGUAAUGUACAGUGAAAUUAUCCCAGUUACCCCUGUUGGGAAAGUCACAUAAUAUUAAAUUAUUUUAGGUCAGAUCACAGAAGCAGAAAUUUGCAAAUAAUCACUACCUACUUUGAAAUGCAGCACCAACAUGGGGAAAAAUAAAACUGCUGACAAAAGACUUUGAAGAAUCCCCCACCGUAAUGCAUAUAAUGCGCAAUAACACAAACUAAAGUGUUUUGCAAGAAUAUAAUGCACAUUGAGCGUACAAAAUACCGUGAUUUCUAAUACCAUUACAACCAGACAUUUACUGCCUGUAGUACGCUCCAGUCUGUGUUUUCCUGUACAUGCAGAGACUGGGAUGCCUUACCAUCGGCUGUUUCAAAUAACCAAAAAUAGAAAAUGCUGCAAACACUCAUAAAGAUAGAUCACAUCAGUGGAGAAAACAGAUCAGUUAACAAUUUGGCUGUACACUGUUCUUAAACUUUCUUUUUGAAGAAGGCUCUGCGCCCAAAAUGUUAACUGCUUUGUUUUCUCCACUGAUGCAUGAGAUGCUGAGUGUUUCAAACAUGUUCUUUUAUCAGAAAUCUCUUGUAGUCCAUGAAUGAAAACUUGCUAGAGUAUUGAAGUAUUUCUCCCUUUUAUCCAAAAUCAGUCACAAAUAGCUGUUUAGUGUAAUUAUUCCCGACAUGCAGAGGGUCUCAGCCCCUUCCUGAUCAAUACCAUGUAUUGAAUGAAUGUAUGUGUCACCCCAUUUUCAGAUUUAAUGACUGUCAAUAUAUAAGGCUCCAUCCCUGUAAUGGCCUGAGGAUAGAAAUAUUUUGUAAAAAUAAGCACCUUACAAGUGACAAAUUUUAUCAGACUGUGUUGAUUCUUUUUUGUAUUCUUGAGCAUUUGUUAA